UAUAAGAAAAAGAACAAAUAUAUUAUUAAAAAGUAUAAAAAAAAACUUAAGUGAUUUUUGUAUACAAACAUACGGCCAAUAAGGAUACGGAAUUGAAAAUAUUUCAGUUUUCUUAAGAAACUUUAAAAAAAGAAAAACACACAUUUAAUAGUACAAGUGCAGUGCAAAACAGAAUACUAAAGAAAAGACAUGAACAUUUAAAAUCCCACUGCCCCCAAAAGGAUACAACACGCCCGAAGCCUCAUAGAAAGCAUAGCUUCCCUAGCUCAAGGAUUAAUAAAAAUCAAGCAAAAAUUACAAACCUAUAAAACAUCAAAAAGGAUACACCAGGGAUUACCACAAAACAAAUAUUUGAAUAUUUUCUAAAACUCUUUGGAUUAACUAAGCAAAAUUUCAUGAGAACAUUUGAAUUUCGGCCUCACAAAUCCCACCGAUGAGGCCUUAAAAUGGUUUAAGUGUACAUUUUCACUUUCCCUUCGCUGAAUAGAUGAAAUAACCCCAUAUCCUGGAAACACUAUAAACAACCUUAGCAGCAAUCAACUACUCAAGCUCAAACUACUCAACAACUUUAAAACCGUCAAAAUUUUACCUUCAUUUGCUCAACUUAAAAUGCUCAACAUGGAAUCACCACAAAUGUACGAUACCGUGCAGACCCUAACACAACUCGAUCUGAAGAAACAGCCGCCGCCCCAGCAGACAAUUAUAGGCCAGAUCACCCUAACGGCCAUGUCAUCGGGGGCACAGAACAAUGGCCAACAGCAACAGCAGAAUGAUGCCAACAACAACAACACACAACAACCCAAUGCCCAACAGAAUGGCAAUGGUCUGGGACCAGGCUUGGUGGUGAAACAGCAUGCCAUGCAUCAAAUGCAACAUGCUGCAGCCAUGAACAAUAACAACAACAAUGGGUCGGCCCUUAACGCCAAUGUCAACAAUGUAAAUUUGCUGCAAAAGCAAAUGUUGCAGCAGUGCGUACAAUCCGAUCUGGAUGAAUUGACCGCUCAGGAGAUCUCAUUGGACUUGCAACACCUGAUCGAUGAUCAAUUCCGCGAUCAGGAGACCUUGGGCAUAUUCAGUGAUAUGGUUACCUCACCCGGCGUUUUGUCGGCCACCCUGCCACCCAAUGGCAUGGUUACGGCGGCCGCCAAGGUCUUGCAACAACAUCAGCUGCAGCAGCAAUCAUUGCGCACGCAGCAACAUCAGUAUGGCCGCAAUCCCUUGGCCUACAUGCCUCAGGCAGUGCACUCCAGCGCCGCCUACAGCAAUAAUUCCAGUGAUGAAAAUUCCUCGGUGGGCUCAGAUACCUCCACCAUCAAGGAGGAGCCCAUUGAUCCCGAUUAUCGCCGCCACUUGCAGGAGAACAAUGUGGUCAACAAUGCCGCAGCUGCCUUCAUCAGCAAUGGCUCGGCAAAUGGUCUCUACAAUCCCUAUCAGAAUGGCCUCAAUGGUAAUGGUGGCAAUUCCAGUAAUUCCUCAUCACAAAAUUCAAACUUCAAUACUCUUACCUCAGCCAAUGUGUUGGCUCAUCAUUCUGCCGUUAAUUUGCCUCAUCUAGCUGCUGGCGCCCACCUACUGAAGCAUCACUCCAAACAAAUGCAUGCCCAGCGUAAAAACUCCCUCAAGCAUGUGGAUAAGGGCACCGACGAGUAUCGGCGUCGUCGUGAGCGCAACAACAUAGCGGUACGCAAGUCCCGCGAGAAGGCCAAAGUGCGUUCACGCGAAGUCGAGGAACGCGUCAAAACCCUGCUCAAGGAAAAGGAUACCUUGCUGCGGCAGCUGCAGGAGAUGACCAAUGAGUUGCAGUUACACAAACAGAUCUACAUGCAAUUGAUCAAUCACAAUAAUCCCGAAGUGAGUCGUGUGUGUCGAAGUUUUCUCAAUACGAACGAUCAUGGCCUGUGAGGAUUGUCCUAGGCGCCAGGCAACACACCCAAGGAGUGCCUUGACAAACCAAUGACAAGCAACACCACUCUUCUCUCCUCAGAACCAGACUGUGUAAAGUGAAUUGAAAACAAAAACGUGUAAUUAUAACCGGGGAUGAUCAUCAUUCUAUUAAAUCUCUAUGCAAGAAAUCUAUUUUUAAUUAGCUAAAGAAACACACAACAAACACAAAAACAUUUUAAAAAAAUUAAAUGGGCGGGUUAUCCUUAAGUUCAUUUAAUAUUCUCAUCAUUACCAAAAAGAUAGAAAAGAAACAGAAAACAAGAAAAUGAAAAAAAGAUGUUUGCAUUAAAAGAUUCUACUAGCAAUUGGAAAAAGUGACUUGAAAACAGAAAAGUGUUUAGUUUCCUAGUUGAACGAUAAAUCUUUUAAUGUAAGCAUUGACUUUCACAAACAAAGCAGAGGCAUUCCUCCAUUUAACAGUUAUCCAUCCACACACAUGCAAACAUAUGCAAACAAACACAUACACUACACCUACAAGCACUCAAAUCUAUAUGUAUUUAAUUAUUUUUUUUUACUUAUUAUUCGUACAAAAAAUGCAUGUCUUACCGAAAAAGAAGAAAAAACACAAAAAUCAGGAAAGCUAUACUCAGUGCUUCUUGAAAUUUCCAU